CGCGGAGGGGUUCGGCGCUCGUGCGGAGCUGCGGCGGGGCUUUUGGCUGCGCGAGCUCUGUGCGUUUCCGCUCGGCCCCUCCCUCUCCCCCUCCGUGUGUCCGCGCGCGCCUCCCUGCUCGAGACUCGGGGCACCGCGGCGGCCUGCAGGAGAGAAACACACACACACACACACCGAGAGAGGGAGAGAGAGAGAGAGAGAGAGAAACGGGGACAAAGCCAGAGGCCGCGGUGAUUUACACCGUGAGUGUGUUCUGCAUGGAUAGCAGUGUGUUACUGGGACGUCCGUGUGCUGAAGAACGACAGGAAUCUCUGGUGUUUCUACAUGAUUGAUGACUUACAGCUGGUCCCCGAUUGGCCGUUUUUGUUGUUGCAGUUUGGUAGCGAGGCCAAUGAGGAUUAAGGACGAUGGACGACAGCGUGACGAGACUCGCUCUCCGUUCCCAAGAGCCGAAAAUCAUCCUGCACGGCUCCGAUGAUGGAGGGAUGUGCGGGGAGGAGUACGUCGUGGAGCUCCAGGAGACAGUGCUGCUCUCGGACGGAGAGAACGAUGCAGAGAACGACGGCGUGGCCGUGCGGAGUUUCUCCUCCGACGAGCUCGUCAUCCAGGACGCUGUGGAAGAUGUGGUCGCCGAGGACGACGAGGGUGUCGCCGUGGAGACGUGCGUGAUGUCACUGGAGGGUGAGGAAGAUGAGGAGGAUGGAGUGACGGUGGCGGAGGAGGAGCUGGUGGAGGAGAGGGAGAACGAGCUGCACUCAUCUGGAGAUUACCUCAUGAUCUCCUUGGAUGAGGAUGGGAAGAUGGUGUCGGCUGAUGGAGAGGAAGUGACAGUUGAGGGACCGUUGGAUGACCAGGAAGUGGAGAAAGAUGAGGACGGACAGGAAGUCAUUAAAGUUUACAUCUUUAAAGCUGACUCUGGGGACGACGAGCUGGGUGAAGGUGAUUCGGACUCGGUGUGUAAGCCCCUGAGGGAAAAGAUGCUGUACAUGUCAGUGAGCGAUGGCCAUCACACUCACACUGAUGGCGGUUCUAAGCUCUCAGAUGAGGUGUAUAUGGAGGUGGUGGUUGGGGGAGAAGAGCCGGUGUGUAACGACAGAUCGUACGAGAGCAAAGAGUUCAUGCCUGUGAACUGGACUGCUUCUUAUGACGACUCAGAGUGCUGUGAGAACAGAAAUGGUGCAGCGAGUGCAGUUCUGCACAUUGAUGAAUCCGAGAUGCCGCACACACUGAAACAACAACAUGGCAAAACACACAGACGGGCCGAGCACAGACAGGUGCAGACAGCGAUCAUCAUCGGGCCGUACGGUCAGCCCCUCACAGUGUAUCCCUGCUUCUUGUGUGGGAAGAAGUUUAAAUCUCGGGGUUUCCUGAAGCGUCACACUCGGAACCACCACCAGGACAUCCUGAGCCGUAAGAAGUACCAGUGCACCGACUGCGACUUCACCACCAACAAAAAGUCCAGCUUCCACAGUCACAUGGAGGAGCACACGCAGCACACACAACACACACACACACUCAGCACCAAGGCUCCGUUCGAGUCAGAAAAUCUGAAAGAUUUCCACCAGCAGCCGCCGCUCUUCUCCAAUCGCCUCCAACCGCAGCAGAAAACAAAGAUGGCCGCCCUUCCUGCAAAGAAGACACACAAGUGCAAGUUCUGCGAGUACGAGACGGCGGAGCAGGGUCUGCUAAACCGCCACCUGCUGGCCGUUCACAGUAAAAACUUCCCUCACGUGUGUGUCGAGUGCGGAAAAGGCUUCAGGCAUCCGUCCGAGCUACGGAAGCACACGCGCACGCACACGGGCGAGAAGCCGUACUCCUGCUCACACUGUAGCUACAAAUCCGCCGAUUCGUCCAACCUGAAGACGCACAUGAAGACCAAACACAGCCGUGAGGAAGAAGACGAGGACACGGUGGCGGUUUCGGCGCCUCACGCGGAGCAGCUCACGGAAAACCUGACGGAGACGCCGCAGGACCACGACCCUGAAUGCGAUCACGAGGACGACGACAACGACGAGGCUCGAGGUCAUCGGUGCGACCUUUGUGAUCAUCGCAGCUCCAAUUCCAGCGACCUGAAGCGUCACGUCAUCUCCGUCCACACGAAAGACUACCCUCACAAGUGCGACGUCUGCGGUAAGGGGUUCCAUCGACCUUCAGAGCUCAAGAAGCACUCCGUAUCCCACAAGGCCAAGCGGCCGCAUCAGUGCCGCCACUGCAGCUUUAAGACUGCUGAUCCGUUUGUGCUGAGUCGACACAUUUUAUCCGUUCACACUAAAGAACAGCAGCAGCAGGAGACGCAACAGAACGCGACAGAACAGCAAGAAGAACAACCGGCGCCUUCGUUACAGAUGCAGGAGCGAAGUCCGCCCAAGAAGACGAUCGGGGCGGCGCAGCUGGCUCUGGGCGGAGCUCCCAUCAUUAAAAAGGUGAUAGGUGCCAAGGGACCAAGGGAACGCCGCGUGUAUCAGUGUCAGUACUGUGACUAUAGCACUGGAGACGCCUCGGGAUUCAAACGCCACGUCAUUUCCAUCCACACCAAGGAUUAUCCACAUCGUUGCCAGUUCUGCUCCAAGGGCUUCCGGAGACCGUCGGAGAAAAACCAACACAUCAUGCGCCAUCACAAAGACAUGAUGCCGAGUGAGUGAUUCAGUGAGUCGGAGAUUCAGUGAUUCAUUGAUUCAGCGUCUCAUUCAGUAAUUCACUGGGUCGGCAGUGGAAGUCCGUGAGUCAGCUGGCGAUGCAGUGGUUCAUGGGAUUUUAAAUAAUUUGAAGAGUCAGCACUUCAAUGAUUCAUUGAGUCUGAGAUUCAGUGGUUCAUUGAGCCGGUGAUCCAGUGAUUAAAUGAUUUGGUUAAUCAAUGAUUCAGUGAGUCGUGAGUCACUGAGUGAACACUUUGUCCCUGACUUUCUCACUCCGCCUCCACGAUCAUAUGAGCAACAUUGGCUCGUUAUUUACAUCACGCAGUCACAUGACUUCCACAGAUGAUGGGAAGGCCUUUUGUCUUUGUGUGUGUGAAUGUGUGUGUGUGUGUGUGUGUGUGCAUAGAUGCCAUAUUUAUAAUUACAGUUUACAAUAUUAUCACCGUGUCACGUUAAGAAAAACAUCCCUAAAGAAUCACACCCCAGUCCCUCCGAAUGCCCUGUUGUUCAUCCUGUCAGUGGAAUUAUGGGAUGUCGCAGAGUGUGUCCAUGAUAAUAGAGUGCAAUAAAACAUGAUAACGUGUUGUAGAGAUGAACAUCAGCACACGGGCCAAGGCAGGACAGGAUCACCGGCGGGGGUCCAGUCCUCAGUCUGUCUUUUAAUUUUAGAUUGUUUUAUCUGAAAGAGUUUUUUAGACUGAAUGUGAACAAAACGUUUCACUUUAUUAAGAAAAUUGUCAUUUUUAAUUCUGAGCACCACUGUACAGAGCAGAUGGCGAUCAUGAGGGAGAGACGCUGCCUUUACACACACACACACACACACACAGGAUUUACAGCACUGAAUCAUUUACAUACUUACUCUGACACUGAGCUGAACUUUUGUACGGCAACGUGUUAGCAGUAAAAACACACACACACACACACACACACUCGUACGCUCUAGCUGCACUUUUGUGAAAACAGUGUGUACGAUUCAUCCAGUUUGUUUCCUUCAUCCACAACAAAACCAUUUCUGUUUGAUCUGACAACUCAGUUGUGGUUUUAUGUGUGUGUGUGUGUGUGUGUGUGUGUGUGUGUGUGUGCUGUUUAUAUUUUUAACCUGUGUUUUGGCGGGACUUCAUUACCAUGCUGAUGGUACCAGGCUGGUUUGUUAUGGAGAAAAGCUAGUCAUGUGACUUGGUUACGCUAACAGCUGGGUGUCAUUCACUUAGCGUGGUCAUGCUAGUACGGUUAAUGCUAGUAUGUGUGUGGCUGAAUCGUACGUGUGUGUGAGGAUGAUGCCCAGUUGUGAGCACUCUAGUACAUUCUUAAUUAGUUUUAAACACUUUGGGAAUAAUUUUUGUGUAAACGCUCUUAUAUGGUCAUAGUAUUUAAAUCUCUCUCUCUCUCUCUCUCUCUCUCUCUCUCACACAGACACACACACACACACACAGUGGCACUUUGAAGAUGUAUGUUGUACACAGACAUAAUGAAAGCAAUGGUUUCUGAAUUAUGCCAGGUAUUACCUGACCCAUCACAGAGCGUCUUUUAUUUAAAGGUUCCCACCUUGUGUGUGAUUGAUUGGACGAACGGUGAGUGAUUUCUUCUGGCCAUGACAUCACCUCAUCAAAAAAGCACUGAGUUCCAUUUCCAUCAACACCAUUGGUCAGUCCGGGGUGUCUGUCAUGUCCUGGUCCAUUUUUGCCCCCUCCCCAACCCCCCGUGGUCAUUUUUAUAGUGAGAUUAUUUAUUGGUUGAGCGUGGAGACGGUGUUGUAUAGUUUAGCGUAACUGAUUUAAAAGCGACUGUAACUUAUUGUUUUUGUACACAGAUCUGUAAAGAGAGAAUGAAGAUGUAAACACUUGUUAAUGAAAAACCUGACUUUUGUGUUGUCCUGAGUGUAACGUUCGACAUAUUUGUUAAAAAAAGAGUUAAAAAGGAAAUAAAAGGCAAAGUAUUUUCCUGCA